GUGAGUCACCUUGAGGUUAAAUAGUCCUCCUCGUCCUCUUCUCCUUCUCAUCAUCCAGUAUCUCACUUCAUCCACCAUCAUGUCUUCUGCUUCUUCCACUUCCACUUCCACUCCGGUGCCCUUUGGGGCUGCCAUGCGCGAGCAAUUCUGCCUCGAUCCCGAAUGGAAGAACCUCAACCACGGAUCCUACGGCACAUACCCGCUCCCCGUCCGCUCUGCCCUGCAAUCCCACCAACAUCUGGCCGAAUCCAGCCCCGACCUCUUCAUCCGACGGACCUCCCCGGCCCUCAGCGCCGAAUCUCUAUCGCAACUGUCGUCGCUGCUCAACGUCCCCGCCUCCACCCUCGCCUUCACCAAGAACGCCACCACCGCCGUCUCCACCGUCCUCCACAACAUCCCCUUUACUGCCUCCGACGUGGUCAUCUAUUUCGACACCGUCUACGGAGCCGUCGAAUAUGGCCUCAUCUCUCUUUCCGAGCGCUCCCCUGUCCAACUCCGGAAGGUGGAGUACGAAUUACCCGUUUCCCACGACGAAAUCGUGAACCGCUUCAAAGCCCUAGUGGAGAAGGUCCAGACAGAAGAGGGUCUGAACGUCAAGGCAGCCGUAUUUGACACGGUGGUGAGUAUGCCUGGUGUUCGAUUCCCCUGGGAGAAGUUAGUAGAAGCGUGUCGCGAACUAGACGUCUUGAGUAUCGUGGAUGGUGCGCAUGGCAUUGGCAUGUUCAAGGUGGAUUUGGGCGCCGUGAAGCCGGACUUUUGGGGGAGUAAUUUGCAUAAAUGGCUCUACGUCCCCCGCGGCUGCGCAGUCCUCUACGUAGCACCAGAACACCAACAUCUCAUCCGGACAACUCUCCCCACAUCAUGGGGAUAUAUCCCCAGCACCAGCCUCGCCUCCACAGGCAAAGACGCCGAAGCAACAGCCCUCGCAUACAGAACCCUCUUCCAAUCAACCGCCACCAACGACGACACGCCCUACCACUGCGUCCCCGCGGCAUUGACCUUCCGGAAGGAGAUCUGUGGCGGGGAAGAGCGCAUCCACGCCUAUCUCGAACAACUCGUCAACGAAGCCGCGGAUCUAGUCGCCAAUAUCCUGGGGACGGAAGUCCUCCAGGAACGGGGCCUCAAGGAAGGAGAGAAGAGUUUGUUGCGGUCGUGCGCGUUGAAUAACGUUCGGUUGCCGAUUGUUGUGCAGACCACUACUGGUGAAGAUGCGAGUGUGAUGGAUUGGACGAAGCCAGGGCCUGAAGGGAGUCUCUAUGCGCCGUUACCCAAGACAUUAGCAGGACAGGUAGCGGGUUGGAUCCAGGGGAAGUUGAUGGAUGAGUAUAAGACGUUUUUGCCCGUGUUUGUAUAUAAGGGCUGGUUGUGGACGAGGUUGAGUGCGCAGGUUUAUUUGGAGUUGAAGGAUUUUGAAUGGGCGGGGGAUGAAUGA